AUGCAUCUCUGCCCAGAUGGGUGGGAAGUCAAACUCUGCAAGCUCAACCUGCUAGGAGAUUUUGGCAAUGUUCUGGAUGAUCUACAAAACAGUUUCCACAUUGUUGCCAUUGGCCAAGUAAAACACACAGUUUUACAUGACAACCAUAACUCAGCCCAGGCUAGACCCAUCAUUAUCCUAGAAUACAUUGAAGCCAAGUUAUCUAAAGUCAGAUACUCUGGCUCUUAUAACCAAGUUACCCCAGAGCAAUUAAUUUGCCUAUUUUUGGCUGCUCCCUUUGAGGUUGUCAACAAGCCAUCUGUGCUGGGCAAAUUUAGGAUCAUACAGGGUUUUUACUUCCCACAUAGCAAGUUGUUGUUGUCUAUAAAGGCUCAAAUCAAUGCAAGCAAUUUCCCAUGUACCUGGGGAUUCUUCCAUAACUUUGCCAAAAUUGUCACUGCAGCCCCCAAGGAUCUCUUGCAGCAACCUGUGAUACUGACACAGCCUGCUGCCAAAUCCCUAUACACCAAGACAACUGGGUCCAUGUGGUUGUACAUUGGGCAGGCAAUUUUAUGCAGAUGUCAGAGUGCAAUUUGA